GUCUCUUCCCCUCGUAUAACUUCUUCAGCCGCCUUAGAGAAGGUUAGAGCUUCCUCUGCUUCACCUUUCAGGCUCAGAGAUUCGUCAAUUGAGAGCAACUCAAGAUGAGUAAGCUUCAAAGUGAGGUUCUUAGAGAAGGGAUCACAGCUGUGAAGGGCAAAGCCGAUGAGAAAAAGCGCAACUUUGUGGAGACAGUUGAGCUUCAGAUUGGUCUCAAGAACUACGACCCACAAAAGGACAAGCGUUUCAGUGGAUCAGUCAAGCUCCCUCACAUUCCUCGCCCUAAAAUGAAGAUCUGUAUGCUCGGAGAUGCUCAGCAUGUUGAGGAGGCUGAGAAGAUUGGACUAGACUAUAUGGAUGUUGAGGCUUUGAAAAAGCUCAACAAGAACAAGAAGCUUGUCAAGAAGCUUGCCAAGAAGUACCAUGCUUUCCUUGCUUCUGAAUCCGUCAUUAAGCAGAUUCCUCGUCUUCUUGGUCCUGGUCUUAACAAGGCAGGAAAGUUCCCGACUCUAGUGAGUCACCAAGAGUCGUUGGAAGGAAAGGUGAAUGAGACCAAAGCGACAGUGAAGUUCCAGUUGAAGAAGGUUCUGUGUAUGGGUGUUGCCGUUGGUAACCUUUCCAUGGAAGAGAAGCAGCUCUUUCAGAAUGUUCAGAUGAGCGUUAACUUCCUUGUCUCGCUCUUGAAGAAGAAUUGGCAAAACGUGAGGUGUUUGUACUUGAAGAGCACCAUGGGACCACCUCAAAGGAUCUUUUGAGCUCUCUGCUUUUAUCAUCUUUGGAAAUUUCGCUUUGCUUUUUUUUGUUUCAAAUAUCUAGUGCUUCUUGAGAUAUAUGGUUCGGAUUGAUAAUAGCGGAACUCGGGUGCUAGGUUGCUUUUCGUUAAAAGACAAAUAUAAUAUAUGCAAUGUUUGCUUUUAAGGCUUCCA